ACUAGCACUUACUUACUCGGAGUUAGAGCUAACCAAUCUCCUCUGCUGCACAACAAUAGUUUAAUUUCAUUCAUAUACUUUACCUUUUCACUGAAAAGUGUUAUAGCAUAUGAUAAAAUUCUAUUUAUAUCAAUUGAUUCCAUAACGUAUACCCAAUCCUACGGAAAUAAGAAGUAUACAACUUUUUAGUUAUGUAGUUAAAACUUACAAUCAUCGGUUCUCCAAAAACAAUCAAAUUAUUGAGGAACUAAAAUCCAAAAAAAAAAGUGCAGGUGUCGAAGCUGUGACUUAGGUGCUGAUUGGUUUUCCUGCUACCACCCGCAAACGCAGCUUUUGCGGUUGAUAGCGGUUGUUGGCGUUUCAAAACAAUCACAGAAAACGCUACAAAUCGCUUCAAACCGUUCCGAACCUCUUAAAAUCAAAAGCUGGUUCCAGCUAGCGUUUGCGGUUGUGGGCGGUUGCGGGAGGGUAAAUUUUUUUUCUUUAAAAACAGAAUAAAUAAAAUAAUACUAAAAAUAUCCAAUAAAAAUUUUCAAUUGAAAUAAUAGAAAUUGUAAAAUGUAUUCAUAUUAUAUUUCAAUUUAUAUUAUAAAAAUUCAAAACUAAAAUAUUUUCUAUAAAUUUUUAAAAUUGAAUAAUAUGAUUUUAUAAAUAUAAAUUUUAUACUUAUCAUAUUAUUAUGAUUUUUAAUAUUUUUAUAAUUACAUAAAAUGUAAAUAUUGUUAAAUUAUUAUUUAACAGAUGUUGCGUUUGGUAGUUUACCAGUCAUAAGAGUCCCGCAAACGCAACAAUUUCUAACAGUUAUACCAAUCGUACAAAUCUCUAGAAAACGCUUAAAACUGCAACCACCCGCACCCGCAAACUCCCGCAACCACAACCGCAACCGCUGCGGUUACACCAGUCAGGCCCUUAAUGCCAAUUAUAUAUGUGUCCAACUACAUUAUCAUAAGGGUCCACUUGAUAAAUUGAUCAGAUUAAAAGAAGAAAAAAAAGUCAUUUGGUGAGAGAAAAAAUAAAAGCGAUGCCACGGGGUCUGUCACAGUGACGACUGUCCACUUUAGCCAACCAUCACCACCGUGGUCCGUGACGCUCUCCCUGCAUACGUGCCGAUUCGUCGUUGGAUCAUUUGGAUGAUUACAUUUACCUUUUUUAUAUCUUGGUGACGCAGUUUCCUCCUCUUAUUUGUUCUUCUUCUAAAGUGGGAUAAAGUCUUAAAUCCUAAGUUUGCAAAUAGUGUCUACUUUUGUCAUAGGAUUCGCUUUCUUUCUUGGAGAUAUCUAAGCAUAAUUUGUGACUAAUUUAUUUAGGAUUAUUAUUCCAUCAGUCUGAUGCAAAGGACGCUGACAUUUGCUUUGACUAACUCCUAAAGAUUCCUUGUGAAGUUAGUUUGUCUGAGGCUAGUACCAAUGCCAUUUGUUGUUCACAUGAUGUAUUUUGUAAAGUCUGGGAAAUUUUUCAGUUACAAUGUGUCUGAGUUACUGACAAUGUUUUUACCUUUUAGUGAAUCCAACAAAUACAACUCACAACUGUGGAUGGUAAGAAACCCCAUGAAAACAAGGCAGUAUUCCUUGAAAGAUAUAUGGUAAUAUCACAAGCUACUAACCAAAGGUUGUCUGAAAUAUCGAAAAAAUAUAUGAUGAUCCAAACUAACAAAACAAGUGGAAAAUUAAUUGGGGAAAAAAUGGAACUAGACGUUAACAAGAAAAGAUCUAAUCCGAAUGAAUAAAGCUAAGUAGUCCAGGAAUACAUGACAUGUAUCAAAAACAUAAAACAAGCAGCAGCAACAACAAAAUUGAAAAUAUUCUCGUGCUAUUUUUAACAUUUGAACAUAUUCAUCAAGACACUAAUUUUUUUGUUUUGUUUUAAAACUGUCACAUAAGACUCGCUCAAAUUGCUAAGCAAAGCCACUGAUAUAUAUUUAACAUAGCCACUUCCUUCUCCUCACUUCUCUCUACUCACUUAUUAGUUAUCACAAUAGUUUCUUUCACCACAAGCAAUUCUCAUAACAAAACCUUUUCUUCUUUCCCAAGCAAUUAACAAAACUAGAUACAGCCGGAUUGUUUCUAAUCCGGCCGUACCAAUCCUCAAAUGGCAUCAAUAACAACAAUACCAGAUGCUGAUGUCUUCCCCACAGUCACCAUGCCCGUCACAGUAGUCUUAACCGGCGGUCUUCUCUUUAUCAUUGUCGCCGGAUUCUUCUCUCUCUUCUUCUGGAGAUGCCUUCUGAAUCGCUUGUCCUCAGCUUGGACCCUUCAGAGAACACCCUACGGUGACCUAAUCCACGUCACCACUCCCCCUGAAAACGCAGGCCUCGACCCGUUUAUCAUCAAGUCCUUUCCCGUGUUCCUCUACUCAACCGCAACGAUGAGAAACCAAUGCACAGAAUGUGCUAUCUGCUUGUCAGAGUUUUCAGAUGAAGACACCGUUAGGCUUAUAACGGUGUGUCGUCACGGGUUUCACUCAGCUUGCAUUGAUCUUUGGUUUGCGUCACACAAGACUUGUCCUGUUUGCCGGUGCGAGUUAGACCCGGGACUGGUCGGAUCUGGAAGCCACGAGUCUUUGCACAACACGGUUACAAUCACUAUUCAAGACUUAAACCAUGAAGAAGCGAAUCCUCCUUCCGCUAACUCAAGCAAAAGGUUUUUCCCUGAAGCCUUCUCUAGGUCACAUUCCACAGGGCAUUUCAUGUUUAAGACGACGGAUGUCGUCAAUGUGAAGACCAAAGGAAAACAUUACCAAACAGCAGGAAGCAGUGUCAUGACCACUACUAGUUCAAGCAAAAUGCUUAUGGAAGCCUCCUCGGCGUGGCGGUUCUCGAGGUCGCAUUCUACAGGGCAUUUCAUGUUUAAGACGAUGGAUCAUAAGACCAAGAGAAAACAUUACCAAACGGGCAGCAGUGUCAUGAUGUUUGAGGAAAACACACCUACUACUACUACAACUAGCUCAAGCAAAAGGCUUCCGGAAGCCUCAUCGGCUUGGCGAUUUUCGAGGUCGUAUUCUACAGGGCAGUUCAUGGGUAAGACGAGGGAUGUCACCAUGAAGAUCAAAGGAAGACACUACCAAACAGGAAGCUGUGCCUCGUUUGAUGAACUUACUAGGUAUGAUGAAGCUACAGGAUACGGAAUGGCUUGGUGAUUGAUUCAUCAUUACAUUAGCAAGGAUUUUUGAAGUCUUAGUUUGCCAAUAAAUUCUACUUUUUGUGUUCUUACAUAUUCAAAACUUGUAAUAAAGAUGUGUAGUGAAGAAUAAACUGAGAAAGAAUAAGAGUCAUCAUCACUCCACAGGUUUUUCUUCA